AUGGUGGACGGUGGCGACUUCGCCGGCACCAUUUGUUCGAUCUGCUACGAACCUCUCAAGCCCAUUAACGAAGACCUUCAAUCUAUCUCCAUCUGCGGCCAUGUCUUCCACGAGCUCUGCCUGCAACAAUGGUUCGAGUACUGCUCGAGAUCGAAGAAGCACACUUGCCCCGUUUGCAAGCAGAGCUGCAAGGCCAGCAAUGCGUGCAGGCUUUAUUUUCAAUCAGUUGGAGAUGUGAGUGAUGGUAUUGUUCCUCCGAAGAGCGUUGAUUUGGAGGAAGAUGUUGGGGUUCUGCGCAGGGAAGUGAAGAGAUUGGAGGUGCAAGUCUCGGGGCUUAGUUCCAUGUUGGAACGCCAAACAAAAGAAUUAGAAGGACUUAACGAGGAGCUUUGUGCUUGCAAGGAGCAAGGUAAGAUAGAAACAGCAUUAAAGAAUGAGGCCUUGAGUCAAAAGGCAUCCAUACAAUUCCAGCUACGUAUGAAAUCAGAGGAGCUUGAAAAGUCAACUCUGGAAUGUUUUAGAUUACAAGAUAGGAAUAUGGCUUUGGCAAAAGAACUUGCAUCAUUGAAAUUGGUGUCUGAUCUGGACCUUGAUGAAGAUGAAGUUUUAAAGCUUGCCACUUUGGGUAACGGGGCCAAUAGUAAAGAUACAAUAGACACAUUGAAAAGAUCUCUGGUCUUGCGGAACAGGAGUUACAAAGAAUUAAUGGCCAAGUGCAAUGAUUUGGGAAGAGGUGAGUCUCGUUACAGCAAAAAGCUUGAAAAGGCUAAAGAGAAGAUCACUAAACUGAAGGUGAGGGUACAAGAACUGGAAACAUCUGCUGUAGAGAAAGAGAAUGAAUAUCAGAUAUCUCUGAAACUUUCAAAGAAAGCAAGGCGUUCAAAGAAUAUUGAAAGUAACAUGAAUUGUAAUUCUGAUGUAUUGACAACUUGCAAAUAUUCAUCAAAAGAGCAAAGCAUAGAUAUAUCAACACCCAAAUCUGGAAGGGAUCUGACUGCAAAUGAUGACAAUAAUUUUUUACAAUCUUUGAAGAUAGAGAGCUCCAAUGCUGCUGAAAGUAAGAUUGUAAAUAUUAGUAAUGCAAGUAAAACUACAUUGUCUCUUGAUAAUGGGAGAGACUAUAUCGUAAUUGAUGAAGAUGCCUCAGAAUGCACUAAAGCUUUUCAAGGGCAUCAAAAACACAACUUUGGUGAUCAUGAGAGGGAUGAUAUUGCUUGUAGCAAGCCUUCUCUAGCAAAGCCAGAAACAGUGUCUGGCAUAAAGACUGAAACAUGGCAGGGAAAAUGUAAUUUUGCUGAGUCUUCAAGAGUUGAUAUUGACAUUGACACGGCUAACAUUUCAGCUGGUGCUAUGGAUGAAGAUGUGACUUUACCGGCCAACAUUAAACAAGUUCAACCCAUCGUUAACAUUAUAAAGGAGUCACCAUUAACACAUUCAAAUUCAGCUCCAGUGGACAUCUGCUUUUCUGGUGGAUUGCUUGGUCCUGAUGGAACACAUCGAUACUUGGGUAAAUGGUGCAAACGUGGACAAAACAAUGAAUCAACAUCUAAACGUUCAACGAAUGGGGAUUUGAUAACUGUUGGGGCAGAUGGUAGGGGUGGCAGAAUAAAGGUUCUAAGGACUUCUAGCCAAAUCUUGUCGGAUGGUAAGGAUUAUUCAGUAAGUUCAAAAAGGUCGAAGUUUGCAUCCAAAACAAGUAGUCUGCAAUCCAAGGGGUGCCUGCAGAUAGAACACUUUUUUGGGAGAGUCAGUCAGUAA